UUUCUUUUUCCUUUUUCUUUCUUUUCCCUAUUUCCUUCUUCCUCCCCGUGCGUCCUUCCCCUUCUCCCCAGCCGCAACCGCCGCGCCUCUUCUCCUUCCUCCCGUACGCCGCGACGACUCCACCGUCUCCUUCUCCUUUCCUUCUCUUUUCUCUUUUCCUUCCGCCGUUCCCUUCCGUCUUUCUUUCCGCCGCAGCCCAGCCGCCCCAUCCUUCCCCUUCUCUCCGUUCGCGAAGCAAAACCGCCACCGACCGACCUCCAUUCCUCUUCUCCUUCCCGUUCGCAGCCCCGCCGCAAACCGUCGCCUCCCUUCCCUUCCAUUUUCUUCUUCCGUCCGCAGCCCUGCCGCAAACCGCCGCGUCUCCCCUACUGAAGCCGAGCGCCGCGACCCUUCUCCUCUUCUCUUCAGUUCGCAAAGCAGCCGUACGCGUCCAGAUCUGCCGCCGUCCAGAUCUGCACCGCAAGACCGCGUCGUUGCCCUUCCGCCGCUGCCCGGUCCAGAUUUGCGUCGCCGUGCACAGCCUCACCGCCGCUGAAACCGUUUCCGCGUCUUGUUCUGUUUCCCGUCGAAGCCGAGCCACCGUGUGAAGCAGUAACCGCCACGUCCGCCGCUCACAACCGCCGUCCACCGAUCCCUUCUCCUCCGUUGUCUGCACUGCCGCGCGACUCUCCGGCCGUCUGUAUACGGUCUCUCCGUCGCACGUCGUCUCUUCGCAAAGCUACUGCUCGAUUUCUUUCGCAAAACACUAAAUGAAAAAUGCAAUUAUAUCAAAGUUGAUGUCCUAAAGAAGAAAAGUAAAAGAGAAAAAGGGAUUUGGGGGCGAAACUCCGGGACGGGGACAGAGGGCCUGAGAAAAAUGGCGGCAAGGCAGAAAGCGGUGGCGACGCUGCCUAAUCUAAUUAGAACCCUUAAAAAUGAUCGCCGGAAGCCUGGUUUCAGCCAGCCUCUUCCGUCGUUGAGACGUGCCUUUUCACUUUACGAUCAGAUCAAUCUCAUCGACAAUGUCCCUGAAGAUCAGCUUCGUUUUCAACGGUAUACUGAGACGGGGUUCACUGUGAAUGGAGUGGAUUAUGAGGGCAGCUUGCUUUGUGUUGGGAAUUUGUUGAUGUCUUGGACUCCUAAGAAAUUUUCGGAAAUUACGUCUGAUAGCUUAUCUAUCUUCCAGAUUGUGCGCCCUAUUCCAGAAAUUCUAAUACUUGGCUGUGGGAGAUAUACUGAACCAGUAAAUCCUGAAUUGAGGCAGUUCAUUCGUUCCACUGGCAUGAAGUUGGAAGCUGUAGACACGAGAAAUGCGACAUCAACUUAUAAUAUCCUAAAUGAGGAGGGUAGAAUUGUAGCUGCAGCGCUUCUGCCUUAUGGAGUUUCUUCAUGACCCACCGCCCAGAGCCAGACUCGGUUGUUGUUAUGGAUGCCUCUAAAUUGCAGGAUUCUUCUACCUCUCAAAUCUUACAAGUAUUACUUAGCGCUUUGAUCUCUACUCAUUUGUAGACUGACUACAACUAUCGAGUCAUUUGGUCCUUUUUGCUGUAUAGAUAUACUGUUAUUGUCAUAACCUGCCAUCAAGAAUUAUAGUGUAUAUAUAUUAAAGUGUUGGCUA